AUGGGUAAAAUACCAAACUUCUCCUUCACCAUCUUCCCCUUACGCAGCGUUGUGGUCUUGGAAUCCAUUUCUCAAAUCGGACUCAUCUACUUCAUCUUCACUAUUGGUGUCGAAAUUGAACCUUCAGUGGUGAAAAGAUCCGGCGUGAGAUCGGUGGCAUUUGCAUCUAUGUGUAUGUUCGUACCUUUUGCCAUCGGCUCGACGUCAGCACUCAUGCUCUCCGAUGGAUUGGACAGUGACAUCAACUUAGGCGCCUUUGUUAUCUUUCUUGGCGUCUUGUUCUCCAUCACCGCGUUCUCCGUGUUGGCUCGUAUCUUGGCUGAGCUUAAGCUCCUCUCCUCCGACGUGGGAGGGCUCGCCAUCUCCUCCGUCCUCAUCGUCGACACCUGCUCAUGGGUCUUGUUUUCCAUGGCUUUGACACUCCAACUCAGUGGGGGUGACAUGGCUGCCGCUUUCUGGACGUUGUUAUCCGGUGGGGUGUUUAUCACGGCCACGUUCGCCGUUGUGAAGCCGGCAGUGUGGUGGGUGAUGCAGCGCACGCCCGAAGGUCAAGACAUGUCGGAGAUGCACACAUGCUUCCUUCUCGCUGGAGUCAUGGCGUGGGGAUUCAUUGCGAACGUGCUCGGCGUGCACCCGAUCUUCGGGGCUUUCGCUUACGGGUUAGCAAUACCAAGUGGCACGAUUGGGGAGGGUCUGAUCGACAAGGCUGCGGAUUUCAUGGAGUGCUUGUUGUUACCUCUCUACUUUGCCCUCAGUGGCCUUCGGACCAACUUCGCUUCCAUAGUGGAUACUGGUAAUGCCCUGUUCAUAGUCAUAGUUGUGUUGAUCGCCAGCGCGUCCAAAGUGGCUGGUAGUCUGUUCAUCGCUUUCUUCUUCAAGAUGCCUCUCAUUGAUGGGUUAUCACUCGGUCUUCUCAUGAACACCAAGGGGAUUAUUGAGCUCGCUGUACUUAACAUCGGAAGAGAUAAACACAUCAUCGGUGACCAGAUGUUCACUGUGCUCUUACUCAUGUUUGUCAUCCUGACUGCCUUAGUGGAGCCUACUCUGGCCGUAGUCAUGAGAACAACGAGACAAUUCGUGACUCACAAGCGCCGCACAAUCCAAUGCUCCAAGCUUGAUACCGAGCUCCGCUUGCUCGUCUGUGUCCACUCCACGCGCGAAGCACCCUCCAUGAUCAGCCUCCUUGAGAUAUCCAGCCCAAUGAAACGAUCCCCCAUCUUCGUCUACGUUCUCCAUCUCAUUGAACUCACGGGCAGAGCUACCUCCAUGCUCUUACUCAGCAGCAAAGUGGAUGCCGGCCAUCACGCCGGGAAAGACUCAUCAAUGUACUCGCAAGGCAACCUUAGCCGCCUCCAAACACAGUCCGAGCAAAUUAUGAAUGCCUUCGAGAGCUACGAACAGCAAGCCGGCGGCGUCUCCGUCCAACCACUGACUGCUUUGUCACCGUACUCAACCAUGCACGAAGACGUCUGCAGAAUCGCAGUGGAGAAACGAGCUAAUCUAAUCAUCCUUCCAUUUCACAAGCAUCCAACAGUGGAUGGUGACGUGGAAGUCACUCACCCGGCGCUCCGCUCCCUCAACCAGCACGUUCUCUCACAAGCCUCAUGCACCGUCGGCAUCCUCAUUGACCGUGGGCUUUCCGGUCGUUCCGGAGCCUCAUACAGCGUCGCGCUGUUGUUCUUCGGUGGUGCCGAUGACAGGGAGGCACUUUCAUAUGCUUUCCGUCUGGCAUACAACCAGAGUCUCAGACUCACUGUGCUGCGCUUCAUUGAAGGACCCAAAGAACAAAGCUCAGAAAGCCUAAAUGAUGAGAGGGUGGUGACGGUCAUGGCCGAGGACUUCAAGGAACUAGAGUUGGACGAAGCCCAUUUGAAUGAGUUCCGGAGGAAGUGUGAAGGGCUUGAAGGGGUUCAGUUCUCGGAGAUGGUGUCGGCGAACGCGGAGGACGCAGUGGCCAUCAUACGAUCAAUGGAGGAAACCCAUGAUUUAUACAUUGUGGGAGUGCGGCAUAGCAGAUGGUCACAUACGAUUGCCGGGUUAACUGAAUGGAGUGAGUGUCCAGAGUUGGGGCCGAUCGGGGACUUCCUUGCCUCUUCGGAUUUUACAUUUAAGGUGUCGGCGUUGGUGGUGCAGCAAUGUCCGGAGGAACUGGCUGGGGCCGAUGCUGCCGCAGCCUCCUUCCCGGAUAGCCCAGGGAGGCAAGUACGGUUGUGCAUGAAUAAUGUCCAAUGA